UGAGACGUCGUCGUUGUCACACUAGACAGUAGACACAAUCUGGAUCGGUAGGAAAAAAUGGAGGAAGAAGAGCACCAGGUUUACGGUGGAGAAAUCCCUGAAGUCGGCGAGGUUGAUGUUCCCGAUCCAGAUUUCGAUAUCUCUGCCGCCGACGAUGACGCCGUUAGGGAGCUUGAUGAGAUGAAGAGGAGAUUGAAGGAGAUGGAGGAUGAGGCUGCUGCGCUGCGCGAGAUGCAAGCAAAAGUCGAAACAGAAAUGGGAGCUACUACUCAAGAUCCAACAAGUGGUAUGGCUACAAAUCAAGAAGGAAAGGAGGAAGUGGAUGCUCGAUCUGUUUAUGUUGGCAAUGUCGAUUAUGCUUGUACACCUGAUGAAGUUCAACUGCAUUUCCAAACAUGCGGAACAGUCAACCGGGUAACCAUUCUGAUGGACAAGUUUGGACAACCAAAGGGAUUUGCUUAUGUGGAGUUUGUUGAAGUCGAAGCCGUGGAAGAAGCUCUGCAACUGAAUGAAUCAGAGCUACAUGGUCGUCAAUUGAAGGUAUCGCCUAAGCGAACCAAUGUUCCUGGAAUGAAACAGUAUCAUCCUGGGCGUUUCAACCCUUCAAUGGGAUACCGCUUUCGCAGACCCUUUGUGCCUCCUUAUUUCUAUUCCCCAUAUGGAUACGGGAAGGUUCCUAGGUUCAGAAGGCCAAUGCGGUACAUGCCUUACCAAUAGAAACCGUACCGGAAUAAGAACCAAAGAAGAAUAGCUAUGACAGAGAUGAUGCCUAAAGAAUAGAGGUUGUCCCUCCAUUUUUAUUUUCUUUAGAUAUGAUUAUGUGUAUGAUAUUACAUUCAGUUUAUAUCUUUGUUAUUGCUUCCUUUCAUCCAAAGCUGUUUUGAAAUAUUGUUUUGCAUGAGUGUGAUCAUCUUAAAGCGUAUAUAGCAUGUUUUUCCAUUUUCCAAUACUCGAUGUCUCGAUCAAUAAAAGUAGUUGACAUUGGUUUGAAUAUA